AUGAUAUGGUUAUGUGAAACAGCGGAAACUCCCAACCAACAAAAUAUAUCCGACCAAACUUUAAACGCGAUAGGACAUUCUAAAAAAAGACGGGAUUCUGUUUUGAAUAACUUGCCAAGCGGAACCAGAUUUUCUAAGGCUAUUACUUCUUCUUUUUUGUCUUUGAUUCCUAAGACUAGCAAUCUGUUAUCCUUGGAUGACUAUAGACCCAUUUGCUUGGUGGGUUGCAUGUACAAAGUAGUGGAUAAAAGUUUGGCGGGGAGGUUAAAGUGUGUUCUUGAUAGUAUUAUUUCUCCUUGUCAAAACGCUUUUAUGCCUGGUAGACAAUUAUUGGAUGGAGUUCUAGUGGCUAAUGAAGUGGUGGAUUAUAGAAUAGGUUUUGGUAGGAGAUGGAUGGGAUGGAUGGAGAUGUUGGUUUUCAAUAGUAGUAUGUCGGUUCUUUUCAAUGGAAGCUCCACUAAGGAAUUUGGUGUGUUUAAAGGUUUGAGAAAAGGUGAUCCUCUCUCACCUUUUCUUUAUGUGUUGGUGGCGGAAGGUCUUUCGGGGUUGGUGAUGAAGUCUAUAGAAAUUGGGAAAUUUGGGAGUUUUUGCAUAAAGAGCUCUUGUUGGGUGGACAUUCUCCAAUUUGCAGACGACACUUUAUUAGUGGGGGAAGGGACUUGGAAGCAUGUCAAGGCGAUUAAGGGGGUGUUAAGGGCGUUUGAGAUUGUUUUGGGGCUUGGUACGGAGGAAAAGAGGAAGAUACAUUGGGUGAUUUGGAAGAAUGUUACUCUUCCUUUUGACAAAGGGGGAAUCGGAGUAAAAAACAUUGCGGUUUUUAAUCAAGCUCUACUUACAAAGUGGAUAUGGAGAAUUCUUCAAGGGCACGAUUCUCUUUGGUUGAGGGUGUUGAAGUCCCGGUAUGGAGAUUUAUCUUCCUUGGUGUACGGUAAGUUUGGCUCAAAAUCUCCUUCUUUUUCAUCUAUUUCAUCUCAUUUUUCUUUAUGGUGGAGGGACGUUAUAAAAAUUGGAAGAAGUUCUUUUAGGGAUCCUAUCGUUGAAGGGUGUAGAUUUGUUGUGCAUAAUGGGUAUAACACUCAUUUUUGGGAAGCAAAUUGGUGGGGAGGAAAUAUUUUGAAGGAUGUUUUUCCGGAUUUAUAUGAGGCGUCUAGUUUGAAAGGGGUGUUGGUGGCGAUCAUGGGAGGGUGGUUAGAGGGGAGAUGGAGGUGGGGGGAUUUUGGGGUAUCCAUAGCUAUGGAGGCGGAUAGGGGUCUUUCGGAGGGAAUAUUAAGGUUGAAGGAGGUGUUGUCCGACUUUGGCGAAGUGGGGGAAGGGAGAGAUGUUGUUUCAUGGAAUUUCAAUUCCGAUGGGUUUUUUGGGUGGCAUCUUGUUCCGCUUUUUUGGGAAAAGAUUUUAUGCCGCAUAGGCCUCCAAACAAAGAAUAGAAACCAUUCUUUUUUUGGUUGUCGGGUGGUGAAGGCUAUUUGGAAAGAGAUAGCUCUUUGGGUGGGUAAAGAGGGAGGUAUGGAGGAUGGGUGUUUGUUGAAUUUUAUGGAUUGA